AUGGAUAACCUUUUAAAGAAGGAAAGAAAACAAGCACAACCAAAUCUACAAGAUCCAGAACAAACUACACCUGAAACAAAAGAUCCAGCUUGUGAUAAACCUGACAACAACGACCAGCCACAACAAGAACAAGCGAAUAAAGAAUCCAACAGCAGUGAGGAAGAGUCAUCCGGUUCAACAAGCAGCGAUGAAGUGGAUAGCAGUGAUGAGGAAGACGACAGCGACAGCGAAAGCAGUGAGGCGACGGAUAUCGACAUUACACCGGCACAAAGACAAGCGGAUAACAUCGAACAAACAACUACAACAGAACAAUUAAAGAGAACUAAUGAAAAAACGGAGGAUAUGGAAACAAAUACUGAAACCAACAUGGACAAAUCACCGAACUUGGAGAGAAGAUCGAACACUCAACAACCUGAGAUCAAAACUGGAAAACGUAUAAGAUCCCCAACAGAGACAACAACCAAGAGACCAAAAGAUAAUUUAUUUAAAAACCCGAAGGCCGCGCCCAAGAAGGGCUUCAAGAAAACCGUCCCCAAGACCGCCGGCAAAGGAGGCAAGAAGCGCAGAAAGUCCAGGAAGGAGAGCUACGCUAUCUACGUGUACAAGGUCCUGAAACAGGUCCACCCUGAUACCGGGAUCUCCUCCAAGGCUAUGGGCAUCAUGAACUCCUUCGUCAACGACAUUUUCGAGCGUAUCGCUGGUGAGUCCUCUCGUCUGGCUCACUACAACAAGCGCUCCACCAUUACCUCCAGGGAGAUCCAGACCGCCGUGCGCCUGCUGCUUCCCGGUGAGCUGGCCAAGCACGCCGUGUCCGAGGGUACCAAGGCCGUCACCAAGUACACCAGCUCCAAGUAAAGCGCCUUAGUCACUCUGGCAAA